AUGGAACCCAUUUGGGGGGUUGUAGCAUCACAGCAGCGUUUUGUGGUUCUGUGGUGCAACCAUGCCGCUAUCCGCUUUGUCAGGUUUGUAGCCAACGUUUUCAGACGUGACCCCAAGUUUGCAGAUGCGUUUGUCAAGGAGGAGGACCGACACAGGGAGAUUACAGCAAAUUUUGAUGCCACCAUCAUUCCACAGGAUUGGAAGAGUGUGAAUCGCAUAGCCAACAAGGUGACGAAAUCGUAUUUGAUGGAUCCAUAUGCAAUGCUGAUGCAUUAUAAGAGGGCGUUCAAGCUUAUGGAGGUGAUGAAACAAAACUCGGCCAAGGUGCUGAUCCUUGGAAACAAGAAUCAAUUUGGUAUUGACUGGAAAGGUCGCUUUGAAGGCAUGGAAUUUGACACUGGUGUGGUUGAUGGAAAGCUGAUCUCAGCUGCUCCGAAACACUAUCAAAUGAUCCUUUGUUUGGACCCCGUCCUUUACUGUCGUGCCCUGCAUCGAAUCAACUUGCCGGUGAUGAUGUGCGCGUCUCUACGGGAGAUCACAGAGCAUCCGGAGAUCCUUGAUGUUACAGACUACCUUUUGCCUUUCCCAACCAGGCGGCAUGAUGCCGCCCUCCGUGAAAUUAUAGGCAGCACGUUGGAUGUGCCCAAGGAUGGUACAGCACAGACCAACGUCCCAGGGGUGACGGAGCAGCUUCGCUACGGUGGUGUUUUGCAAGUGGUGCAAGUGAGUCGUGCUGGCUAUCCAGUACGCAUCAAUCAUCAGGAUGGGACCACAGACUUUCCCCGAUGUGGCCAUGGCUCGGGUGACCGUGUGCAGGAAUGUUGGGAUGACUACAAAGUCAUUGGUGCCAGCAAGGAGCGCAUCAAGUUUGCUCGCCGGGUGCCCAGAUGUGCGUUUGACCUGCUGGGGAGUCGCUGGGAGCUUGAAGCCGCAGCUGCCAGCCGCAGCUGUCCACAUGAGUCAUGUCACAUGAGUAUUUCUGCUGGAUUUGCUGUCAGUUUCCGCAUUUGA